AUGACUAGAUCUGUAGAUUUGGCUAUUAUUGGCUCUGGAGUUGUUGGAUCAGCUUAUAUAAAUCAAUUAAAGAAUUUAAAAGGUGCUAUUAAAUUUAAUGUUAUUUAUUUAGCUAGAUCAUCAAAAGAAGCUUUAUACAGUAAAGAUUAUCAACCUGUCGAUUUAUCAAAUUAUAAAACAGCAAAAGCUGAACCUAUUUUAUCAUUAGAUGAUUUAGUUAACUAUUUAAAGAAUGCUAAUAAACCAGUUAUAUUAGUUGAUAAUACUUCAAAUGAAUCAAUUGCAAAUUAUUAUCCAAAUUUUAUUAAAAAUGGUAUUUCAAUUGCCACACCAAAUAAGAAAGCAUUUUCAUCAAAUUUAAAAAUUUGGAAAGAAAUUUGGGAUUCAGAAUCUCAAGCAAAUUCAGGUAUAGUUUAUCAUGAAUCAACUGUUGGUGCAGGUUUACCUAUAAUUGGUCCAUUAAAAGAUUUAGUUUUAACUGGUGAUAAAAUUGAUAAAAUUGAAGGUAUCUUUUCAGGUACAUUAUCAUAUAUUUUCAAUGAAUUCUCAACAAUUGAAAAAAAUGAUAUUAAAUUUUCUGAUAUUGUUAAAAAGGCUAAAGAUUUAGGUUAUACUGAACCAGAUCCAAGAGAUGAUUUAAAUGGUUUAGAUGUUGCUAGAAAAGUUACUAUAUUAGCUAGAAUUUCAGGUUUAGAGGUCGAAUCACCAACUAGUUUCCCAGUUGAAAGUUUAAUUCCAAAACAAUUGGAAUCUGUUGAAUCAUCAGCUGAAUUUUUAGAAAAAUUACCUGAAUUUGAUAAUGAAAUUCAAAAAAUUAAAGAUGAAGCAUUUAAUAAUCAACAAGUAUUGAGAUUUAUUGGUGAAGUUGAUUUAAAAAAUAAUAAAGCAUCAGUUGGAAUUGGUAAAUAUUCAUUUGAUCAUCCAUUUGCAUCACUAAAAGGAAGUGAUAAUGUCGUUUCGAUUAAAUCUGAAAGAUAUCCAAAUCCUUUAAUUAUUCAAGGUGCUGGUGCUGGUGCUGAAGUCACUGCUCAUGGUGUUUUAGCUGAUACUGUUAAAAUAGCUGAAAGAAUUGCAAAUUAA